UCAGAAUGCAUUGCGUCCGGAAGUUGCUGUGUUUCGUCGUUUUGCUGACGGAAACGUGUGUAACUUAGAAUCUUUACGACCUAAAAGUUAGAAUAUUGUGUCGGAGAGUCAACUCUAUAUAAGUGAGCAGUUAUGUGUUUACUCUUUGUUAGUGUAUGCGUGUAAUAUACGCUAUUUGAACCAGCUUUGGUCAUCAUUCUCCUUCGUGUAGUUAACAAUAGAGUCCAUAAUGUCGAAAAGGACGAAGUGGGAUUCCAAGGGAGAUUUAAACGAAUCAAAGAACCUGCCGAUCUAUCAACACAAGGCCACACUUCAGCAGGCUGUCAAAGACAAUUCAUUCUUGGUUGUCACUGGCGAGACUGGCAGUGGGAAAACGACUCAACUUCCCCAGUACUUGCAUCAAGCAGGAUUUUGGGGUAAUGGCAAGAUUGGCAUCACCCAGCCUCGGAGAGUAGCAGCCAUCACUGUAGCCCAGAGGGUAUCACAGGAGAUGCACUGCAGUCUGGGUAGGGAGGUCGGAUACCAAGUGCGCUUCGAUGACUGCACGACACAGGACACGGUGGUGAAGUACAUGACGGAUGGCUGUCUGCUGAGAGAGAUCCUGGCAGACCCUGUUCUGUCUCAGUACAGUGUGGUCAUUUUGGAUGAAGCCCAUGAGAGGAGCCUUAACACUGACAUUUUGCUGGGUCUGUUGAAGCAAACCCUCUCCAGUCCAGAUAAGGCCUAUAAGGGUCGCUCUGUCCCCCUGAAGGUGGUGGUAAUGUCAGCCACACUGGAGACAGACAAGCUCUCUGUGUUCCUGGGAGGCUGUCCUGUCUUCACCAUCCCUGGAAGAACCUUUCCCGUCACCUCCAAGUUUAGCUGUGCCAUAGGACCAAAAGAUGCAGAGAGCUCUGUUUACGUUAAAGAGGUUGUCAAGGUGGCAUUGGAUGUGCACACCAGUGAGAUGGCUGGGGAUAUCCUUGUGUUUUUAACAGGACAGUCUGAGAUUGAGAAGGCCUGUGACAUGCUGUAUGAGAAGGCUGAAUCCAUAGACUACCGUUAUGAUGUGCAGGACCAUAAAGUGGAGGGGCUGCUGAUCCUGCCCCUGUACGGAUCUAUGCCCACUGAUCAGCAGAAGCAGAUCUUCCAGCCUCCCCCUCCAGGUAUAAGGAAAUGUGUGGUGGCCACCAACAUUGCAGCAACGUCCCUCACCAUCAAUGGAAUAAAGUAUAUUGUUGACAGUGGGUUUGUGAAGCAACUCAACCACAACUCACGGGUUGGUAUGGACAUCCUCGAAGUGGUUCCGAUUUCAAAGAGCGAGGCCCUGCAGAGAGCGGGCCGGGCAGGGAGAACCUCUGCCGGGAAGUGCUUCCGGAUCUACAGUCCGGCGUUCUGGGAGAAGUGCAUGCCGGAGUACACAGUUCCAGAGAUCCAGAGGACCAGUCUCACCUCUGUCAUCCUCACACUCAAGUGCCUGGGAGUUCAUGAUGUCAUCAGGUUCCCUUACCUGGACCGUCCAGAGGAGAGGUUCAUCCUAGAAGCAUUGAAACAGCUUUACCAAUGUGACGCCAUCGACAGGAGAGGUAAAGUGACCCGGCUUGGUGAGCUGAUGGUAGAGUUCCCCCUGCCCCCAGGGCUGACCCGGGCCUUGCUCCAGGCUGCCUCCCUGGGCUGUGAGGACCUCCUGCUGCCUGUAGCUGCCAUGCUGUCUGUGGAGAACAUUUUCAUCAGGCCAGGCCAUCCAGAGAAGCAGAAGGAGGCAGAUAAGAAGCACAGGCAGUUGGGUGUGCAGGCGGGCAGCUGUAAUGACUUCACCAUCCUGCUCAGUGUGUUUGAGAAGUGCAAGGCCAGUGAUGCCCCUUCAGCAUGGUGUAAAGACAACUAUAUACACUGGAGGGCGCUAAAGUCAGCCUUCAGCGUGGAGACCCAGCUCAGAGAGAUCCUCCUAAGACUACAAAAGAUUUAUAAUCAGGGUAUGUGCGUCGUUUCCAGAAGAGAGAUUUCCCUAUGGAGAAGUUUGAUGGAAAUAAGAGUGAGCUGUUCAGGAGAUGUCUAUGCACUGGUUACUUCACCAAUGUGGCAAGAAGGUACGGCUUGUUUAAAAAAAAAUCCCAGUUAUGUUAAAAAGUCAAGAAAGAUAACCACAACAUUUUUGAGUUCUCUCAGGUCAGUUGGGAAGGUGUUUUGCACAAUGGAUGGGCAUGGAUCCAUGGUUCACAUUCAUCCAUCAUCAACGCUCUUUGACCAGGAGGCCCAGCUCGACUGGGUGAUCUUCCAUGAUUUGCUGGUCACCUCGCGGAUUUACAUCCGGACGGUGUGCCCCAUCCGCUAUGACUGGGUGAAGGACCUGCUUCCUAAGCUCCAUGAGGUGGAUGUGUACGAGCUGAGCAGCGUGGCCAGAGAGGAGGUGACGGACGAGGAGGUGGCCAAGUGGGUGACCAAGGAAGCAGCUAAAAGACAAACUGAGGGGUCUGCUGAAGACGUGUUCAAGAAAUUGGAGAAACGGAAUGAUGAAAGCUCUGUGAAUGAUGCCCGUGCUCGCUACCUACAGAGAAAACAGGAGCGGCAACAAGGCAAAGCAUCGUGAGAGAGGAGGAGGACAUUGGACACUUAUCCUCAGGGGAAGAAAGACUCAGUUAUUGGACUGACCAGGAUAGAAUAAUCUCCACUCAGGGGUUAAAAGCUUGUCUGUUAUAAUAAACUGCACAGGUGUUGUUCUGAACAAUGUUUUACAACACAGAAAUUUGAGAGUUCAGGGUCAAACAUGGUCCUUGGUAGCUCAGCUGGUAGAGCAUGGUGCUUGUAACACCAGGGUAGUGGGUUUGAUUCCUGGGACCACCCAUAUGCAAAAUGUAUGUAAGUCACUUUGGAUAGAAGUGUCUGCUAAAUGGCAUUUUUUAUUAUUAUAUUUAAACAUACAUCAAUAAUGGACUAGGUGCAGAUAAUGAAUUAUUGUAGUCAUAUCAAAUGUCUACUAAUGCAGAUGUGUUAUGCUAUGUUUUCUUUUAGUUUCAUACUCAUAACGUUUUUGUCUUGAGUAAAUAUUACCAGUGGAGGGCCUCUGCAACCGUUCUCUACUGGUUUUAGGACAGUUACAGAAUCACAUACAGUUUUCAAUAUGUCACCCAACAGUGUUGUCAAAUCAGCACAUUAGAGAACAGGAUAACCACGGGCCAUUUAUUUUGUACAACUCUGUCUCUUAUGUAAUAAAGGUUCAUUUCGUAUUUC